AUGAUCCGAAAUCUCACUGCCUUCGCCUUGGUCAUCUGUGCCGUGUGUGCUACUGGCUACGGCGGUGGAGGAGGAUAUAGAGGUGGAUUGUAUGGCGGAAUGGGAGGUCUCGGAGGUGGUCUUGGCAAAGGACUCGGAGGAGGAAUAGGAGGACUUGGCGGUUUGGGUGGAGGAAAUCUCAUCGGAGGAGGUGGUAUAGGAGGACUAGGCGGAAUGGGAGGAGGACUUAUAGGAGGAGGCAGUCUUGGAGGACUCGGAGGAUUAGGAGGUGGAAUGAUUGGAGGCGGUGGACUCGGAGGACUUGGGGGUUUGGGAGGAGGGCUCAUUGGAGGAGGUGGAUUGGGAGGGCUUGGUGGUAUCGGAGGUGGAAGUUUAGGUAAAGGAAUUGGAGGAGGAUUAGGAGGACUCGGUGGGCUUGGUGGACUAGGAGGAGGUGGUCUAGGAGGACUUGGUGGAAUUGGAGGACUUGGAGGAAUAGGAGGUGGUGGACUUGGAGGACUUGGUGGACUGGGAGGAGGUGGUCUUGGAGGACUUGGUGGAAUAGGAGGUGGUGGUCUUGGAGGACUCGGUGGUUUAGGAGGACUUGGUGGUAUAGGAGGUGGUGGUCUUGGAGGACUCGGUGGUUUAGGAGGAGGUGGCAUCGGAGGCGGAAAGAUAGGAGGAGGGGGUGGAAAAAGUGGUAGCUACUAUUAA